CGCACCUCUAACCUGCGGCAGCGGAUCCGCCACAACCGUCGUCGACGCACCCAUGGUCGGAUUCGCGAGGAGCAAGCGCACGACCGUCGCAUCCGGGAGGACGAGCGUCACCUCGUCGUCGGCUUCUUGCGUCUGCGUCUUGUGUUCGUUGCAUCCACGGUCUGAACGACCUCGACUGGGGGUCUGUGUGACCGGGCCGCCGUCAGUCGACACGCUCGUAACCACAUCCGGGCGCGCGUCGAUCGCCAAGUCCGCGCUUCACAUUCGGAGGGGCGGGUCGUCGCAUUUGAAAGCGAUCGUGCGGUGGGGCACGGGAAUGGGCGUAUCGCACAACGCGCCAUGAUGGGAGGACGUACAAAAUUCCAGACGACAACAUGCUAGGGAUGUGCACGACGCUGUGCAGGAAAGCCGGAUCCACGCCCUGAGCGAGAUUGUACAGCACAGUCUGUACGCGAUGAGCUUCAGUCUCGCGCGUUUCCAAGUGCGAAACGCGUACCCCGUUCGGUGUGCACAGAUCGAUCCUAACCGUGUUUAUCUCGGAGAUCAAGAGGUGCUUUUCACUGUCCUUCCAUCUGAGCGUCGCGUUCUUCCCCGGUGCGAGUUGCGAGUUGGCAAAAGGAAAUGUCGGGUAGAUAUAUGUAGGCCCGAGCGAAAUCGAAAAGUAGAACAGAUAUUGGAAAAUGUAGAGCGGG